UUGCAGGAAUUUACUCUCAGGCUCUAAAGACUGCAGACAUACUGCUGCCUCCAAACAACUUGAGGAGGGAUGUGUUGAAGUGUCAGAAUGAAACUCCAGUUUCUCUUGAUAUUCUUCCUCUGUCUCCUUUCCAAGGCAAACUUCCAGCACUGUCAAACUCCAUGCUACUGUCCAUGGCUCCCUCCCCGUUGUCCACCUGGGUCUCGCUUGGUUCUGGAUGGAUGCGGCUGUUGCAGCAUAUGUGCUCGGAGGCUAGGGGAGCCAUGCAACCAUCUUAUUGUUUGUGAUCAAAACCAGGAACUUAUCUGCGACUACAGCAAUGCUCCCACACGAAGGGCAGGAAUCUGCAACUAUGAAGAAGUUGACCAAGACAGUUGUGAAGUGAAUGGAAAGAUUUAUCAAGAUGGAGAAGUAUUCCAGCCAAGUUGUAAGCUUCAAUGUCGCUGCUCAGGAGGAGGAUUUAUAUGUGGUCCUCUCUGCAGUGAGGAUGUUCGUCUCCCCACCCCAGAUUGUCCCUAUCCAAGGCGUGUGGAAAUCCCAGGGAAGUGUUGUCAAGAAUGGAUUUGUGACAGAGAACCCAGACAGAUCUUGCAGGACAACAUGGCAGGAAGGAUAUCUGGGAUAGCUUUCCCCUAUUUGUGUGAAGACUGGAGCACUGAGUGGUCUGCCUGCUCUACCACCUGUGGCAUUGGGAUAUCCACACGGGUGUCUAACAAGAAUCCCUAUUGCAGGCUUGAAAGUCAGAAACGCUUGUGCAUCCUUGGACCCUGCCCAACUCUCAUGGGAAUAGGCAACAUGAGUGGAAGAGGAAGCCGCUUAUAAACCAGUCCACUCCAUUCAAAAGUUGACAUGCUGACUUCAAUCCAGCAACUGGAACACCAGAAACCCAAGCUGAUCUUGUUUCUGUGGUGAUGAGAGAACCUCUGAAGAAUGGAGAGACAAAGCGACUGUUCUCAACAGAGAAGAGAGACGUAGCAAACAAGAAUUCCUACAUCUGACAACCAUCUUCCUUCUUAGUACCACCCCAAUGACACUAGACAGCUUUAUUGUUUGGUGGAAAAAAUUCCAGACCAUGUGUUUUAAUGUUAUUUAGUAGUGAUGUCUUUAUUGCCAGCUUGAGACUACAGUUAUAAAUCCAUCCAAUUAAUGAACUGAUGCUUUGCAGUUACAGAAAUUCAAAGAAACAUAUCCUGUUAUUCUUUCUUCAUUAUCCCUUCUCCAAAUAAUAGUUCUAGGAAUCUAGCAAGUGAGAUCAUCAUCCAUUGUUCAGUAUAGUUAAUGUUUAUGUUCUUCUUAGAAAUAAAUAAAUCAUUACAAUGCUUAAUUGCCUGAAGCCAGAUUGACCAGUUUUAGGGAUCACAGGAAUACGUAAUGUUUGGAGGCAAAUGUUAGUGACAUACAAAAAACAAAGGAGGCAUUGUGUACUAUUAUUAUUCGCUAUGUGUGUAUAAAAGAGAAUAAUGUCUUCAUAACAACAUUGCUCAUGGAUGAAGUAUAACCUGACAAAUUGAGAUGAGUCUUUAAUAACUUAGCAGAGUAAAGAUCAAAGUUUUCUUUGAAGCUUGUGUCUUGUUGAUAUUGUGACUUUUGCCUUUGUUUGCAUGGAAGAAAAAUAUGAGAAAUCUUUGUAAAGAAAAAAAAACUUCUACAGAUUGAAAUCACCUGGCAGUGUAUAUAGUGUUCUGAAGCAUAGGUGAAAUACUGUAGUCUGAUUGGCUGUAUACUCAUAACCCAGUGAAGAUGGGAAAAUCCAUUUCUGGCUAGUCACGUGAGGAAUCUCAACUAAUUGGGGACUAAGUCAUAAAAUCAUAUAAUGAUACAAGUUUGUACAUAGACAAUUAUGUAUAGUUGGAAAUCAGAUUAUGAAGUUUUGCUUUGCUAAGAAUAGAGUAAAAAAUUCUAUCUCCUU